AUGGACGUGUCUGAUGAUCUCUGCGAUACUUGCCGGGCUGUCGACGUUGCCAAGUAUCUCUCCCAUAAUGGCCCCAUCAGCACGCCCAUGGGAUAUUUCCAGGAAAUCCUGAAGAACGAGCAUUGCACGUUAUGCAAGCUCAUUAUCAAAACACUGAGUGUCCACGCCAAGAGCUAUUGGCGCCCGGGAAAGUACCCCAGCGAGAUGUGCUAUCUCGGUAGGCUCAACCGCGGUCCGUUCCCAGCAGAAAUCGAAGUAUGGUUCCAUGCAACAUCCAAGACUCUUCCAGACGGAAUCUGGGGACACUCCACAGUUCUCGGCAGGAUAAAGCGUGUUGACAGUGUUGAGCCGCGGGUCUUUGAGCGACUCAACUACUCGCUGAUCAGGAGCUGGAUGCAUGAUUGUGCAGCUCAACAUGGACCAAAAUGCAAUCCGCCCGGUCCUAGCAGAGACUCUCUACCUCUACUACUACUCGAUGUCAAGCGAAUGCGGCUCUUUAAAGGCGCCCGACACUGUCGGUACUUGGCUCUUAGUUAUGUCUGGGGCCAAGUGAAACAAUUCCAAACGGUCAAGAGCAACUUCCAGCAGCUCCAACAGGACGGUGCAUUGUUACGAGUGCGUGAUCAGCUACCCCGGCUGAUAAACGAUUCCAUUGCCUUUGUGGCGGAUCUUGGCGAGACCUAUCUGUGGGUUGAUGCAUUAUGCAUUGUGCAAGACGAUCCCGAAGACAAGAAGCACUAUGUUCCGCGGAUGGAUAGAAUCUACGGCGAGGCCCUGAUAACCAUCGUCGCCCUGUCCGCACAUGACGCUAACUGUGCACUCCCUGGUGUCGUCGCCGGAUCCCGCACACCGUCGCCGUCACCUACGAAGCUGGGAACCCUGUUAUUGGUCCCUGAACCCCGAAGCCUUGGUGCUGCGAUUGAGUCGUCUACAUGGCGAAGCCGAGGUUGGACAUUCCAGGAAGGAAUGCUCUCUAAGAAGCGCUUAUAUUUCUCCGACUGCCAAGUUUACUGGCACUGCUCUGGGUCUUAUUGUUUGGAAGAUGGAGAAGCACAUACAGGAGGACAGCUUUCGAAUUGGAACAUACAACCGUUAGGACGGGACGUCAGCAACGACCCCAGAACGAGGUUCAACGUCUACGAAUCACUGGUCAAACAGUACAGUCGACGGACACUGACAUAUGCGUCGGAUUCUCUGAAUGCAUUCGUUGGCAUCCUGUCCGCAAUCGAGGACUCGUUUGGAUGGCGAUUUGUGAGCGCUCUACCAGAAAACCUUUUCGAUUUUGCUCUCCUGUGGUCACCAAUGUGGCAAGGCCGACUGCGACCAAGGGAGCCACUAGGUUCGGCUUGCAACUCACCGACCUGGUGCUGGACGGCCUGGGAAGAUAACAUUUACUGGGAUCCUUGGCGGCUUGACUCUUACGUCGGAAAGCGUGUGAGGCUCAAGUCAAAAGUGAAGGAUUUCAUCAUCAUAGACAGGCUUGGGGUGCGCAAGAUCGUCCGAGAGAAUCCUAGUCUCGGAGAAGAUCUCCCUAGUUCUUUGCCAGACCUGUCUGAGGCAUCACAACUUGCGGAGCUGAACGAAAACUCUAAUUGUGCACUGGUCUUUGAAGCUCCUGGCCUGAGGGCUGAUAUGUACACAAUCUCAUCACCCCGUCCAGAAUUGUCCACAUUACCUCGCCCCUUCUCAGACUCCUUCACCAACACGUUACGCGGCCAACUUUGGAUCUAUGACACAGCAGGGCAUCAUUGUGGGACACUCAGGGGGAUUGAUUCAUGGAAACCUUGCUCAAAUUCCGUUUAUGAGUUUGUCCUACUAUCGCGCGGUGACCAAGACAAGAUUAUUCAAGCAGAUGUUGAAAUCUAUCGCGACCACCUACCCCCGGAGUACCCCUCUGCUGAUGAAUACUACGAAGAGAUCUUUGACAUAAGUAUUUACCAGCAUAGCAGUUUCUGGGCUCUGAAUAUCAUGCUAGUGGAGCGAAAGGGAGAUUUGUCACAGCGGCUGGCUGUUGGACAACUGCAUGUCGAUGCUUGGGACUCAACCAGCCAGAAGACGAAGAGGUUCUUUCUUGUUUAG